AUGGCAAGUUUUCAUAGCUGCCACUCAAUAAACUUUAAAAGUAUUAUCAUAGACGAAAUAGCCCUAAACGGAUUGGAAGGUAUAGGCCUUGAUUACUUGUGGAAACGCGUAGGGCAUCGCCUUUCUUGCAUCCUAACGCCGAAAAUAAUUACAAAAUUUUGGAGCUUUAUACUAUCUACAAAAUGUGUGUCCUUCUAUAAACUCACUACACCUUUGCCGAAACUGAAAAUUUACGAUCGGUUUACAAUAGUCGAUGAAGAAUCUGGACAGUUACUGGAACCACCUGAAUUACUAGAUGGACCAUAUGAGUACUGUCCUGUAACUGGUGAAUAUGGAUCCUGCUCAAACUAUGAGACGAGACUACUCAUACCGCACGAAUUCAUAAGCACCAAAACAUAUGAAGAAAUUGAGAACCUAUAUGGCGAUAUGUUGGUUAUAGUAGCGUCCCUGGAAGAGAGAUGGAUAGCGUUGGCCCCACAUCUACCGAUCACUCUGUUACCACAACUAUCACCUAUACAUUUUUGUAUUUUAGAGUUAGUAGGGAAAGGUAGGGAAAAUGGUCAAAUGACAGUAGGCCAUAACACCAACCUAAGCAAAAUAGUAAAGGAAUCGAAACUCCUCUUUUACAAUAGAAAGCUCUUACAGAAACUAGAUUUGGUAAGAGUACAAUGUCUGACACAAGUCUACGCUGACAGGGGCAUGAAAAGUUUAAUAUUACGACUGAAAAAAUUCCAUCAACCAAUAAUACAGACUCAACCAAAACAUGGUAAAAUACAUGCAAUAGCGGAAUACCUGCGACAACAACCCAAUUUUACAGAAAAGAAUGAGGUAUUGAUACGCAAGGGAUUCAUGACUCCGCACCAGAGCAAACGUCUUCAGAAGACUGUCAAUAUUUUUCGCUAUAUAGGUGAAGAGAAGAAAAAGAAAAAUGUUCAACUCAUAUCCCAAAGUGAUGAAUCCUCCCAUUCAGAAGAUGAAAGUCCAGAAGAACUACUUAAGUGUGAAUACAAAGUCGGUGUCAGUCUAUUGAGGCAGGCCUAUGAAAGAUUUCUAGAUGCCGGUCUCAAAGGAUUGACUCAGUUAGAACUAGCUCAAUUACUCGGAGUAGAGUUCUAUACAAGUAGGACACUUUGUAGAAUUAUCAAAACCAAAGGUCUUGUUAGAGAGUUUCUUGAAGACAAAGGUAGACAGAGAACAGCAAGAUACAUCGCUGUGGCUGCAACAAAUGAAAUCGAUAGCAAAUUUGCAGAAGAGAAGAAAAAACUAAUCGACUUUCUAAAUAAAAGCAGAAAACGAUGCCAUUCAGAGUCACAAUCAGAAGUGCCAGAGAAAAAAGUGAAACAGGAGCUGAAAGAUCCAGAGUACGAAGAAAGUGCUGAGAAGGAGUUAGACAGUAAAAUAAAGGAGAUAAAAGUUAUGGAUGGUUUCCAAGAGAGAGAUAAAGAGUCUCUAUUGGAUACUAAGAAAAAACCCACUCUACGACAGUUGAGAUUCGCAACCGGUAUACUAAAAGUGGUCAAAGAACGCGGUUUUGUUACCGGUUACCAGACGCUUUCAAGUUUCGUAUCACGGGAAACCGGGGAACCCCCUAUGGACACAAAAUCCUUGAAGCUAGUCAUACAAAAACUGAUUACCGAUGGGCAACUGAAGAUGUAUCAACUAAGAGUGCCAUAUCCUGACAAAGAUAGAUUUUGGCUGUACAUAUGCCCGCCGUAUGUUAAAAAGACAGAUGCCACAAUGAAUAAAUACUAUAACGAGAUAUGCGCGAAGUCCGCACGCAAGUACAAACAUCCACACAGGAAAGCACAUCGCAACAGACCGUUGACACAUUACACCUACCCUCGCUAUCUGAAGAUACAAAAACUACACGAGCUAAUCGUUCAUUACGUGUACUUUAGCAAUGUUAAGUCUAACUUUACACCGGGGUUCACCUGCCUACAUGACAUCCUACCUGAAAUGACAGUAGAGUUCGCGUUAGGCAACAUUUCCUUUAUGAGCGAAACGCAGAAUUUCUCCAACUUCAAAACCACCGAAGAAGUGUUAGGCCAGAAACUAAGGGUGGCGCCCGAUAACGUCAAGAACAUAAUAUUGAGUUCCAGGAGCUUGCACAACUCUAUAAAAGGGGGUUUAAAAAUGCUCUCCGUUUUGGGCCUCGUGCAGUUGAUCAAAGAGCCUUUCUUAUGCGCUAUGGAAGAAAACGUAUACUUAAAUUUCGUUAUCUACGUCAAUAAGAACGCUAAGUUACUAGACACCACUGGCAUCUGGCCCAGACCGAAUACUAACCACGCUGCUUUAGAGAAAUCUUACCAUUUCAAUAGCUGUAACGAUGUUAUAAAAUAUUGGGAUGAUGUGCAAUCAAUUGGAUUGAAUACAACUAUUACAGGAGUUAAGCGCGAACGCUACAAAUUACUUCAUGAACUAAGACUGGAGAGUGAAGUCUUCAAGUAUGAUGUCGGCAUGCGCUUUGGAGACGGUUUGGGUCCUUGCGGCUUCGACUCAUCAAUAUUUGUGGAUAUACCUCGCUUAUGGCGUACUUAUUCGAGCAGAAACUUCAAACCGGUAGUGGUUAAGGUCCUCAAAUCCAAAAUUAAGUACAAGAAGGGUACCACAUCCGGGCCGAAGGAGGAGAAAAAGGCAGGACCCAAGAAGAGGAGGCGUCGAGCGAAACGUCCAGAAACGAAGCCGAAACCCAAACCGGAACCGGGGAAGAUCGUGCGCAGAAGUAGGGCGACUCGUAGCGAAACUGCUGUGAAAUGGUCUAAACUUGAUGAUCAUAUCUUGAAUAUGCUAAAGGUAGCCCUCGCAAUCAUGAGUCCAGUACCAGGGUCUAUAAAGAUAAAAAAUUUGAUAGCCAAAACUCUACUCUCGGCUAUCGAGCCGGGCAAAGUGGCAUCACUGUGUCACAGGCGUUCCAUAACCCUUGAAAGCGAUACGAAACUAGCUCAUGAAAAGCUCUGCAUACUGAACGAGCUCAGACGUCGUCCAAACCUUAUAGCCAAGUACGAGGGCCUCUUCAAGGUACUUAGGAUCAGGCACUACGCAAACCUUGGAAAGUUCAUUAAAGAGGGCAAGUUACCGAUGAUGGAGCUACUCUGGAUCAUACUUCGAGUUGCCGAAACCAAACCUUACAUACAGGAAAUGCCCUGCGUUGCGUCGAACCUAGAAGAGUUCCACAAUAAAUACACGAUAACAUCGACCGGGCAGAACGCGCACAACCUCUACAGAGUGUCCGGUACACCGGAACCAGAAAUGGCUAGCCUCAAGGAGGGCAUCAUUCUCACAGUCAUGCUAUCUUUGGAUUCUGAACUGCCCGAGGAGAUAUCAAAGAAGAUCUAUUCAAUGUUCAAGUUGCACCACGAACAUACUUUGCGAAGCGCGAUCGAAGAACUGCGAAAGUGCGGCGCUAUAUCCGCUAGAGAGAAGAUUUUCAAUAACCAUCUCCAUAAGGUCAACUUGAACGACAUAAGCCAGUCGGCCUAUAAAAUGUCGUACGUGUAUCGAAGGAAGUGGUUGAAUCGUUUACUUUCUCACUUUGAUGAGAAUGUGGCGCUCUUCCUGCACAAAGAUGUACCUAAAGAUGGUGUGAAGGGAUCCUCGGUGAUAAAUUGCCUUCUACUGGAGAUGUAUUCCUGUGGCCUGAUCGAUAUAGUAUCUGCAACUGUGCCAGCUAUCGUCGGGUCAGCUGGAUCAUUGAUACAGGAAGACAAAUUGAACAUAAUUGACAUGGAAGCCAGAUAUACCCUGAAGUCUGGUUUGAUCGGUUGGAAGAAUUUGUCAAGUUACAAAACGUUUUCUGAAUUCUAUCAGGAUAUCGAUUUGAAGAAUAUUAUCUCGUUUCUGACUGGUGACUUCAAUAUACUAGAUGACAUAACAGACGAGAAUAACGAGGAUGACUUAAUUAAGUAUUUAAAUGAAAAAGAAAGUGAGGGGUGUAGCUUUUCAGAACUUCAGAAACAAACCGGUAUGGACAGAAUUACGCUCUAUGAAAAAUUGAAGAAAUUCGAAACUGAUAAAAUAAUUAUGCGUCUAGGUUACUACGAUAACCGUAUUCUACUGAAGAAAUACGCUAAGCCGUGGCUAUUCAAAGUUCAAGAUAACCAAUACAUAAUACCUACACCCUGGUUGAACUUAGACGGAAAAAUAAGAAUGAAUAUUCUAUUCAAUUGGGCCAGUGUUGUCAUGAACAAAAUUUUCGAAUGCCCCGGCGCAUCUAUAGAACUCAUGUGUGACGUUUUAGAAUACAUAACGGUUAGAAGCGUUCAAGACAUUCUGGUUUUUCUCGAGAAAUGCGGUUGUAUAACGCUAAAUUGUAUCGAAAGCAAAAAGGUCGAUUUAUUCUCGGAUGACAUUGAACCGGAAUUGCUAGAUUACAACUGUUACGAAUCCCCGAAUCGUAUAAUUGCUUUUCCGAUUAAAAAUUGUAUAACUAGGUUUUCCUAUAUCAAACAUCAAAUUUUAAAUGGUAUUAAAUUCGAAUAA